AUGACUGGCUCAAACUUUGAAUUGUUGACAUCGUUUGAUGUUGAAUAUGCUCCUUCAACCAUCAAGAAAUGGAGAUCCAAAAGAACUGGUCUUCAAGCGGUUUUGAUCGACAAGGAAUCACCUAUAGUUAAUGGGUUCUUUGCCGUUGCAACUGAAGUUGAAGAUGAUAGUGGUACACCUCAUACUUUGGAACAUUUAGUAUUCAUGGGUUCCAAGAAAUAUCCUUAUAAAGGUCUACUUGAUACUUUGGGUAACAUUGCAUUCUCUUCAACUAAUGCUUGGACUGCUACAGAUCAGACUGUUUACACUUUAACCACUGCUGGUUGGGAAUGUUUUAAACUAUUACUACCAAUUUAUCUUGAUCAUAUCUUGAAUCCAACUUUAACUGAUGAAGCAUGCUACACAGAGGUUUAUCACGUUGAUGGUGAAGGUAAGGAAAAAGGUGUUGUGUUUUCGGAAAUGCAAGGUAUUCAAAAUCAACCUUGGUUUUUAUCAGCUUUGAAUUCAUCAAGAGCUUUAUAUCAUGAAAAAUCCGGUUAUUCUUCUGAAACUGGUGGUUUAAUGGAAAACUUGAGAAAAUUAUCAAAUGACACAAUUAGAAAAUUCCAUCAAUCAUCGUACAGACCAAAUAACUUGUGUAUUAUAUUGAGUGGUACAGUUGAAGAAGAUGAAUUUUUGAAAACUUUGGAUGAGUUUGAUAGUGAACUUCCUGAAUUAGGAAAUGACAACUAUAGACCAUUUGUUGACUCAAAGUACCCAAUUGUUCCUUUGGAUAAAGAGGUUGUUAAGAAUAUUGAAUUCCCAGAUAAAGAUGAAUCUCAUGGUGAAUUGAGUAUCAGUUGGGUUGGUCCUAAAAAUGAAGAAUAUGAACAAGAUCUUGCUAUCACAUUGUUAUUAGAAUAUUUAUCCGAGUCUCCAGUUGCCCUUUUGACCAAAAACCUUGUUGAGAUUGAUGAUCCAUUUGCAAGUGAAAUUGAAUACAACACAGACGAUUAUACUCGUAUCAUUCCAUAUAUUAAAUUGAAUGAUGUUCCAACUGAGAAAUUAGAGCAAGCUAAAGACAAAGUUUUUCAAUUAUUAAAGGAGCAUGCCACCAUUGAGAACUUCGAUCUUCCAAGAAUUAAAGAGAUUGUUGAAAACUCAAAACAUAAAUUAAUCUUUGCAACAGAAAAAUCUGAAGAUAUUUUAAUUGACUACACUGUUACAAAUUUCUUAUACUCUGAUGUUGAGUCUUUGACAAAAAACUUGAAAACUAUGCAUGAUUAUGAAACUAUUUCUAAAUGGACUAUUGAACAAUGGGUUGAACUUUUCCAAAAAUAUUUAAUCAAUAACCAUGCUGCUGUUGUCAUUGCUAAACCUUCAAAACAACUUUAUAAGCAAGUCAAAGAUGAAGGUAAAAAAAUGAUUGAAGAUAGAUUAGCUGAUCUUGGUGAUGAAGGCUUGAGAAAAUUGAAAGGGAAAUUAGAUGAGGCACAAGCGAAAAAUGACGCUCCUAUCCCAGAAAAUAUUUUAAACAGUUUCCCAAAACCAGAUCCAUCUAAAAUCAAAUUCAUCAAGACAACAUCUGCUGCUAUCGGAUUGAACAAAGAUUAUGAAAAUGAUUUAUCAAAUGAAACCGUUUCAAGACUUGUUGAGGAUACACCAAAAGAUUUCCCAUUAUACAUCAAUGUUGAACAGUUCAAAUCUCAAUUUAUUUCCAUUGAUAUAUUAAUGUCUUCUUUUGAGAUUCCAGUUGAAUUAUUACCAUAUUUUGAUUUAUUUUCAGAAUUAUUUUCUCUUCCUUUAGAGAUUGGUGGUGAAAGAAUACCAUAUGAACAAGUUAUCAAAGACCUUCAAAAUGAUACUGUUGAGCAUUCAUUCUACACUGCUUACAAUAAUCAGUUUACAGAGUUUGUCAAUGCUAAGAUUCAAGUUAAAAAAGCCAAUUAUACGAAAGCUAUUGAUUGGUUUAAGAAAAUUUUCUUCAACACUAAAUUUGAUGAAAAUAGAAUAAAAGUCACAGUUGAUAAAAUUUUAAACGGGUUACCUUCAACUAAGAGAAGUGGAUUAUCAAUGUUGAGUUCAAUCACAUCAAGAAAUUGUUUUACUGAAAGAUCAAUUAAACAUUCCAAGGAUUCAUUAUACACUGAGAAUUUCUUUAGAAAUUUAUCUAAAAAACUAGAGGAUGGUGGUUAUAAAGAAAUUGAACAAGAUUUAGAAACCAUUCGCUCCAAGUUAUUCAAAACUAACAAUUUCAGAAUUGUUAUAAGUGGUGACCUUUCAGAUAUUGAACACCCAAUCAAGGCUUGGGAACAUUUUAUUGAAGGUCAAGAUUUAGCUAAUGAUUCUCUUAUUUCAGUUCCUCGCUCUUUUGAUGUUCGUACAGAGUUGGGUGAAUCACUAUCCAAAAAGGUUAAAAUCAUUACAGCACCAGCUUCUGAAUCCACAUUUUUAUUGGCCUCAACUAAAGCACCAACAGAUUAUCAUAAUGAAGAUGCUGCUGCAAUUUCACUUGCUGCAUCUUAUCUACAAGCUGUUGAAGGUCCAUUCUGGAGAGGUAUUAGAGGUACUGGUUUAGCCUACGGUGCCAAUGUCUCUAGAAGUGUUGAAACUGGUCAAUUAUCAUUUGAUAUUUAUAGAGGUGCUGACGCUAUUGGUGCCUUUAAUGUUGCAUCAAAAAUUGUUAAUGAUUUGGCUAGUGGUGCUACAAAGUUGGAUAAGACACUUGUUGAAGGUGCUGUUAGUAGUUUGGUUAAUUCAAUUGCUUCAUCAGAAUCUAAUUAUUAUAAUGCGGCUGCUUCUAAAUAUUUGGAUAAUGUUUUGAAAAAAAGAGGACCAGAUUUCAACACCAAAUUUAUCAGAAAAUUAUCACAAAUUACUGAAGAUGAUUUAAUCAGAGUCUUGAACAAAUAUUAUGUUCCAUUGUUUGACUCUAAAACUUCAGUUAUUUUUGUUUGUGCACAUCCUUCAAAAUCUGAGGAGUUGAAUAAAUUUUUCAGUGGCUUGGGAUAUGAAGUUUCAGUUGAAGAGGUUCCUUCAAGUAAUAGUGAAGAUGGAGAUGAAGAAGGUAGUGAAUUUGAUUCAGAAGAAUACACUGAAGAAAGUGGAAGUGACAGCGAAGAAGAAGAGACUGAUUCUGAUGAUGAAUAG